GAGAGAGAGAGAGAGAGAGAAUGGGCUGUAUUUUGUGUCGCAAUGUCUCUCCAGCAGAACUGAAGGAGGUAAGGAGAUAUUGCGCCUGCAGGAACUGUCGUGGAUGAGUAUCUGGUUUGCGAUGGAAAUACAAAUGAAUGCCAUACCAACGACGUGAAGACAGCAAAGUACAAACCCGAGUGUCGAAGCGAGGAAAAAUGAGAAGAAAGAUGUGAACAUAUGAUUCCAACUACCAACCGCAGGCAUAGGUGGCUUCACCACAGAGAAGAGAGUCACUAUGGUGCCUCUACUCAAGCUCUUUCUGUUAUUGCAUCUAAUUCAGCCAAUCAGAAAUGGAAACUCUUCUUCUCCUCUGUCCAAUUACCCAAAACAGCACCUGGUUUUCUAUCAUGCGAAGAGCCAGACGGUAGCGUCUAUCAAAAGAAAGGACCAUGGACUGGCUGGAAAUGUUGCAUUAGAAAUUGUCAGACCAUUACAAAGUCAUUCAAAUGGGAAAAGUUCCAUUAAAUCAUCAAAUGAACGAACCGAACGCAAAAAUAUUGCAGAUAUAUUGUCAGCAAAACCUUCACAUAAUGGCAUUCAUGAAUCAAGAGUUAAACUUUUAUCACCCAAAAGUCGAGUCAGAAGAAGACCUACCCACACUGACAAACUACCACAAGAUUCUGUUGAUACUGGAACACUCAGGAGCCAUUCAACUGAACCUCCAUUCACCAAUCAGAGCAUCAAUGUUAUACUCAAGACUGGGCUUGAAUUCAAGAAUGCUGACUGGUUAACGACUGGGUCAGGCGAUGUGUUUAUACCUGAAGAAUUUGAUUUCAUGCGGUCACCAACAAACGCUCAUGCCCAGUACAGACCACACGCCCAGACAGCUUUUAGUGUCCCGGCAGGCGGAGACGAAGCGCGUACAGACCCAACAGUCAACCCUUCAUUCCAGACCAGCCCUCCCGCAAGUACAGCAGCUAAUACAAAUGAUGAUGUCCAGACUUCUUCCAGUAGGAUGGACCAAUGGGACAUUAACAGGACUCGGUUGGAAACAGGCACAACCCCUCCAGCUGUACUCCAGCCAAAAAGACAGUUAACCACUUUACCGUCUUACAGUGGAACCCACACAAGCACAGAUGAUCUACAAAUAAAGACACCGUUAUCAGAAGUGGACACCUCUAGUUCCAACUACUCGCAACCAACAAUCACUUCAACAUUAGCAACAUUAUCUAAGGACAUAUUAAAGGUGACAGGAAACAAAGGAGUAGACAACAUCACUAAAGAUAAACCAAGAGAAUCUACAAAUUUGACAUUGUCAAGCAAUACCCAUCAAAAGAGCACUACAGAUGUGACUACUUUUCUUAAGACUACCUCUCCACAGCCGAGAGGACGUGGUCAUUUCGUAUUCUCUGCAAAAAAUGACAGAUAUCCAGAAGAGGACCCAUCAGUCUCGCAUGAAACAGUCCCAUCUGUGAAGUCGAGCCCUACCUCCCCCAGUCUUGUCAUACCCAAGGAACCCUGUUCAAAUGUUGUAGGCCAAUGCGAUUUUUCCAAAGAUCGAAAUGAAGAUCUUAAUGAAUUAGGUUCUACCAAUGGGAGCAAAUUAGUAUGGGCAGAUCUGCAUAGCACGUUGUCAUUUGCAUGGGAGCUGCAUGUAUUCGGUUCUGCUACUCUCUUCCUUCUACUGGCCGCUGGUGCUGCCUUUGGUCUAGCGUUAACUCCCAGCAUGCCCUGCCUUCAGCGUGGUGAACUGGUGCUCACAAAUAGUCUCUUGCUGGUUGCAGGUGCAGUUAGAGCGGGCCACUUCUUUCUCGACCCAUAUGGCACACGAGUCCUCUUACCACCCCCUGUCAUAAUAGCUUUAUACACGCUAUCGUUGCCACUGUUUAUUUUGGCGCAGGCUGCAUUGGUGAUGCUGGUAUUAAACGUGGCAGGAGUACCUUUGCUCCCUCCAGCCUUUCAGCGCCCCCCUCUGUUGGGAAUUUUAGCUGUUCUACAGUGCACUCUCUUACUUGCUGCAGACCUGCUUUCGCCUGCACUCUCACCCUUCGUUCCAGUCGUCCUACAGAGCCUCACGCUGACUGGAGGCCUGGCAAUAUGUUUAUGGUACCUCUUCCUGGCACUGCCACAGCUUUCACACAAACACGCAGCUCGGGCUGAAAAUAAGAGCAUGGGUGGACAGAAGGUGCAGGUUUUGGCACGGGUAUUGGCAGUGUGUGCUCUUCUUGGGGCACUGUGCUGUCUAUUGCAUAUUUACUCUUGUAUGUGGCUGUACGGGCUACUAGGAGAUUGGAGGCUUUUUCGUUGGGGUUGGUGGCUCUGCCAGUUCUGGGCACGUCUGUUGGAGCUUGCCUGGGCCUUCUUUCUGCUUCUAGUGUCCUCAUGGGUCUUCUGGAGACCAAGCGGAGGCCAAAUAUGUAGAGCACCAAGACAAGAAGGAGCUGCCACAGAAAACCUGCCUUCUCCCGGUCAAUCAUCUAACUCCAACAGCAGGCACACAUGUUGGGCAAAGAUUGUUCAAAGCCUGAAAGUAAGGCAACAAAGAAAAUCUGAAAGCAGUGGGAAUGGAGGAUCCAGCAGCAGUGGAGUGGUCGGAGAUUUGCCCAAUAACUGGGCAGGACAGGAGCGGUCAGGGGUGGACAUUAGCAAGAACCUGAUACGAAAUCGUGACCCACUUAAAGACAGCAAUCAUGGCCGGAAUUCGAAAAGCUUUGCAGGGGGCUCAGCGGGUUCAUUGUUACGGCUUCAGGCACUUUCUCAGCCAGCUCAGCGUUCUUUAAGUAGCAGUUUAGCAGAUGGGGACAAGGAAUCGGCCGCCUCGCUUUUUGACUUUGAUCUGCGUCCUCCGACCCCAAUCGACCUGAGCCGCAGCAUUGAUGAGGCACUUCACCGCGAGCAUCUACUAAAAGGGGUGAGCCUGUUCCAUCCACUCUGCCUUCCAUCACCUCCUCCAUCUCCGAGACUGUGGAUGCGACGGAACAGUGACCCCCAAAUCACACUGUCAAUGAGUAGUGAUGAGCACACAUUGUUUUCAGAUUCCUCGGCAGGUCUGGGCCGCUGCAUUCCUAGCGCUGUGCCCAGUCGCCAAGUCACAGCCCCUCCUACACCCACCCAUCAGGGUUUCCGUUGGGUCUCGGAGGUACCAGUGCCUUCUUCUCUGUCCUGCCCAGUUUCACUACACCCGUCCCCUAGCACCCUGAUGCCCAGUGCAGAAAACACCAGACCGUUUCUGACCCCUGAUAUUGAAAGUUCACAAUCGAACAACAGGGGGGAUCACACUUACCUAAAAGUCAAUCGACAUGAUGACUCUGUCAGCAUCAGCAGUGACAUUGUUGACCUCUGAACUUAUAUUUGGUGGACGUAGGAACUCCUGGUGGUCUAAAUGAUCUAAAAAGCUUAAAUGUGUGUAUUCAGAGCCUAAACCAGGGGCCGGUUGCAUAAACUGUUUAGACUAGUCUUACAAGUUAGUCAUCUAUUUUUUUUCUUCAAGAAUGGACAUAACUUCUUUAAGUCAGUUACUUAUAAAGGUAGAUUGGUCUAAUUGAAAUCUAAAAAGUAAGACUGAUUAGUCCUGACUAACUGCUAGUCAGUGAGACUUGUUGUUAAGACACAGUCUCAACUUUGCGGCUAUGUUUAUGCAACUGGCCCCAGAGACUAAAGCACUUAAUAAGUUAAUCAGCAGUUGACUCAAAAAAGUUAUUGGAUGUAAAUACGGAACAUUAUAUUUUCACACAUACUUUUUUCUUGUCAAACAGUACAGGAAUGUUCUGGUUUAGAAUGUAAUCUCUAUUGACAGCAAUUGUUAAUACAGACAAUAAAUUUCCCUUAUGACGAGAGAGGGCGACAGGCAUUCCAGAAGGUUUAAAAGCAUAGUUUUUGAGAAUUCUUUCAUUAAAAGUGUUUGUUAUUUGAGCUGUAAUGUUAUUGUCCUUUUAUCUGUAGGUCAGCUGUUCUGUGUGUUAAUAAAAUUGUGUUCCCAAUGUCAUUCUAGUAGGAUUUUGCUUUAUAUAAACUGUGCUUUAUAGAUAGGAAUGCCUAAUCUGUUUUGGUAUUUCUGCAUGUAUCAUAGAGGUUUAGGACCUUAUUUUUAUUUAACAAACUGAGGUGUGGCAGUAGAGUGUUUUUGGUGGCAGUCAGCAUUAUGCUAUAAUAUUGUCUGUUCAUUAACUUUUUUUAAGCAUUUUGUCUUUUUUGUUUUUAAGCAUUAUACCUGGAAUACAACUUCAGGGACCAAGAUCCAGAAAGCAAUGUCUGGAUAAAGUAUUGCACUUUAUUUGAAUAGAAAAUAUACGUGCCAAAACAUUUUGACUUAAUGUGUUAACCAGAAAAUUUGGUAUUCUUAGUUUAUUCCCACAACUAUUUCCGUUUAUUUUUUCCUGGUAUCCUAUUUGGUCAACUAAUAUUUACUUAAAUUUAGUU